AUGGCAAAGCUUUUGACUUUUGUCCUUCUCGUCGUUGCUCUAUUUUUUGUUGAAACAAUGAUCCCAUCAGUUGAAUCAAAAACUUGCUACCAAAUACAUCCAGAAAUAUUGUGUGAGCAAGGCAAAGUUGAGCCAAAAUGUUUACCAUUUUGCAAGCAAAAAUUUGGACCAAAAGGUGGUGGUCAAUGCAUUGAUCAAAUUGGGUUUGAAGGUCCAUUUUGUGCUUGUGAUUAUCCUUGCUAG